UACUCAUACGCGAGCAGAGUCGCGGCGGACGAGUCUGCUGAAGCUACAAUGCCCAUGAGGGGAACCAGGAAUCCACGCGUUCCUCGGCCGAAUGCACAGCUGUAAUCGCAAUAAGAGAGCUCAGCUGCUCGAUGAAGUCUUCUGUAUAGACUUUGACCUCCUGCGCGAGUGAAGCUUGACACCGAGAACACUCUACACUUCCAGACCGCACUCUGCACAACAUGGCCCAAUUUUGGAUCCAGGACUCCGACUUCGCUUCACUCAAGGAUAAAGUCGCGGUGAUCACGGGUGGAUCAUCCGGCAUUGGACUCGCCACAGUCCAGCUUCUCCUCGACACAGGCGCAUACGUCGUUGUUGGCGACCGAAAUGAUCCGCCGAUACAGCAUGACAACUUGACCUUCGUCCAAACCGACGUGACAUCAUGGGAAUCACUCAAAGCUCUGUUCAAGACUGCAGAGACGAAGCAUUCCCGCAUCGAUCAUGUCUUCUCGAAUGCCGGCAUUUCCGGACGAGCAAAUUACCUCGAAAGCACAUUUGAUGCGAACGGCGAGCUGGAAGAGCCGUCAAACAUGGUGUACGACAUCAAUCUCAGAGGCAUGAUCAACACUUCGUACCUCGGACUCCACUAUUUCCAAAAGCAAAGCCCACCGGGUGGGUCCAUCGUCUGCACAGCUUCCGGCUCUUCGUUCCAGCAAUUCGCUGUGUGGGAUUACACGACUGCAAAGCAUGGGGUGUUAGGCUGGAUGCGUGGUGCGAUUCCAAACCUCAUCUCGCAGAAACUGCCCAUCCGCAUCAACUGCAUUGGCCCUUCUUGGACUCUGACUGGUCUGGUGCCGAAGGAGAUCACGGAUGCUGCUGGCGUGGAGACGCAGACUCCGGAUGUCGUGGCACGGCAAGUCGCCACUUUAUUCGCGGAUGAAAGCAGGCAAGGGCAAUUCAUCUAUUCAAGUGGAGGAAGGCAUUAUGAGAUUGAGCAGAACGUGCUCCUGCCUGCUGCGUGGAAGGUGAACCUUGCAGGCGGCUUAAAGGAAGGAGACAGCGAGCAGGGUCAGCUCGAGAGGAUAUCGAAAGCUGCUCAGGCGCAUGGAUACCAGACCGGCAUUGAAGAGAAGACCAAGGCGGCAGUAGCUGACCAAGUGGAGCACAAAGAGAGCGUCGCAGGCGCGUGAUCUGAAACGUAAUCAUAAGACGUCGUUGACAUACAGAUCUUGCGCCAACAUAGACAUCACAAUCUCAAGCGAUCCAGAACCAAAUCCUCUCCAACAAAUUCCUAGGCUUUCGCUCCGGCCACGUCCCCUCCAUCGCAUCAAUUUCCACCUUUCCACUCCACAAAUCCAUCUCCCCCAACUUCACGAUCCUCGUCUUCUUCACCAGCUUAUACCCAACAAACAAGGUCAAAAAGAUAGGAA